CCUAGAGCUUUUCAGGCGCGCUUGUAGAAGAUUCUGGCGGUUACUGCUCCUUAACCUGGCCUGCUCUCCGCCGACCGGUGACAUGCUGCAGAAACCGAGGGGCCGCGGCCGGCCCAGCACUCAGGGUGAUCGGGAGCGGGACUGGGGAGGCUCUGGCGAGGAAGCGCCGAGCACGUCCCGCGGCGCGGGCGGCACCUCUCAGGGCUCCCGCGCUUCCCUGUCGGCCCCCACCGUGGGGCCGCGCACACAGAAGCAGCUAGAGCUGAAGGUGGCCGAACUGGUGCAGUUCCUGCUGAUUAAGGACCAGAAGAAGAUCCCGAUCAAGCGCACCGACAUCCUGAAGCACGUGGUGGGAGACUACCGGGACGUGUACCCCAAUCUUCUGAAGCUGGCCGCCGAGCGCCUGCAGUACGUGUUCGGGUACAAGCUGGUGGAACUGGAGCCCAAGAGCCACACCUACAUCCUCAUCAACGCGCUGGAGCCGGUGGAGGAGGAUGCUGAGGUGAGAGGCGAUCAGGGUACACCCACCUCGGGCCUGCUUAUGAUAGUCCUCGGGCUUAUCUUCAUGAAAGGCAACACCAUCACCGAGACUGAAGUCUGGGACUUUCUCCGACGGCUCGGAGUGUAUCCCACUAAGAAGCAUUUAAUUUUUGGCGACCCAAAGAAACUCAUUACCGAAGACUUUGUGCGGCAGCGCUAUUUGGAGUACCGGAGGAUACCCCACACCGAUCCUGUGGACUAUGAACUACAGUGGGGCCCGCGAACCAACCUGGAAACCAGCAAGAUGAAAGUUCUUAAGUUCGUGGCCAAAGUCCAUAAUCAGGACCCCAAAGACUGGCCGGCACAAUACUGCGAGGCUUUGGCAGAUGAGGAGAGUAGGGCCAGACCUGCAGCUAGUGGUCUAGCCACAUCCUCUUGAACUAUUGAGUUGAAGUCUGAGGGACUCUAGAGAUCCAGUAUAAAAGAACAGGAGAAAGGGAGUUGGAGGAAGUUUAAUUCUGCUAGGCGGAAAUGCCUUGUAGCUUUAGGAUGGGUUGCUGGUUUUUUGUUUUUUUGUUUUUGUUUUUGUUUUGAUUUUUGUUACGGUUUGGAGCUUUAAAUUUUCAUUGCUAAAGACAUGGAAGAAAGUUUUCAUUUCAUUGUCUAUUGUUUAAAGUGUUUUCUAGCUUUCUAAACCUAACUGGGAAAUUGUAGUAUGAUGGCAAACAUAGUCAAGAAGGAACACUUAGGUAAAUUGCUUUGAUGUUCUAGACAAUAAAGAAACAGGGUAGCUAUUAUCUUAAUGACUAGUUCAUGGGAAAAAAUAAAAGUCUUUUUAAAAUUGAAAA